CUUCAAAAACAACAAGUUAACCACCUCGGUAGCUUGCUAGCCAACAUAGCCGAAAGAUUCAAGCUCGUUAGAUGCUUUCGGUGUAUAUUAGCGGCUGUGUUUUAGACACACUUCUAUCGUAUCAACUUGUUAACCUAUUUAAUUUAAUAUUACGUUGUUUUUUGUUAGUCAGAUAUAGUAGCUGGCUGGUUAAGUUAGCACUAGCUUAGUUGCUAAUGAUAGCUAGCUAGCUAACAUCCACGAAAAUGAGGUCACUAAGCUUCUCCCCUUCUGCUAAAGAAGAGGAGGUCUGCUGGACGGAGAAAGAAGCUCUGGGGCUGAACAUUGUAGUGAAAGGGGAGAAGGAAGAGGAGGAUGUCACAGUAAAAAAAGAAGUUGGGGAUGAGGCUGUUCCAGUGAAAGAAGAGGAGGAAGACAUGUUCAGAGUGAAAGAGGAGGAAGAGGAUGUUACUGUGAAAGAAGAGGAGGAAGAAAAAGAGGAUACAGUUUUUGGAGUUCAGAAGGAAGGGGAAAUUUCUGUCACAUUGAAAGAUGAAGAGGUGGAGGUAGGAGAUCUGAUUUACACCAGAGAGAGACGUGACUAUCUUGGAUCCUCUGGGGAGCCUCAACAACAUGAUGAUGCUAACGAGGCAGAGAAGAGUCUCUCCAGAUCAUAUCACCUCAAGAAACCCACAGAGAAGAAAUCUCACCUCUGCUCUGACUGUGGGAAACAUUGCAAAUCUUCAUCAGAACUUAAAAUACACCAGCGAGUACACACAGGAGAGAAAUCUCACCACUGUUUUGAGUGUGGGAAGAGUUACUUAAGAUCAGAAUCACUAAAAGUACACAUGAGAAUUCACACUGGAGAGAAACCUUAUAGCUGUGAUCAAUGUGGGAAGAGUUUUACUCAGUCAAGCUGCCUGAAAACUCACCAGAGAAUACACACUGGAGAGAAACCUUAUAGCUGUGAUCAAUGUGGGAAGAGUUUUACUCACUCAAGCUGCCUGAUAGUACAUCUGAGAACACACACAGGAGAGAAACCGUACCACUGCUCUGGCUGCGGAAAGAGAUUUGUUAGUUCAACAGAUUUAAAAUCACACCAAAAAAUACACACAGUUGAGAAAUCUUAAAACUGUACUCAAUGUGGGAAGAGUUUUAAUCACUCAAGCUGGCUGAUAGUACAUCUGAGAGCACACAGGAGAGAAACCUUAUAGCUGUGAUCAAUGUGGGAAGAGUUUUGUUACAUCUAGCCAUCUGACUCUACACCAGAGAACACACACAGGGGAGAAAUCUUAUAGCUGUAAUCAAUGUGGGAAGAGUUUUACUCAGUCA